UCAGUUAACCUUUCAGUUUCAAGGGCCACCCGAAAGUCUUCGAACACGCUUUGGGUACUACCAUUACCGCACAAACCAUCCCCCUGUGCCUAAAAGAGUCUAACACACGCUGUCUCAGCACCCCCUCCCUUCCAGGGAGUUAAAACGUUGGUUAAGUCUGUGUGCCUCCACAGUACACGCUUAUUUUUGCGUCAACAAUACAUCGUUGUCUAACUCACCCGACUUCCUUUUCUCUCGCGGCGUGCGUGCUGAUAGGAGUAGACUUUUUAAUCACAUCCUACGGAUAGUGUCUUGUGUAACAUCUAAUCGCCCUCGUAUUCAAUAAUGUCAUUAGCUUUUCCUCCCUGUAUAUCUGUAUUUACAUUGCCCCCUCUCUGCGUAGAAACCCUCUGUACGGCUUCGUUUUACUCAUAAUACUGUUAAACCCUUUUCCAUGUCGACAUCUUUUACUAAUUAGAAAAUUACCUUUUAUUUUAGACUUUGCUUUUGAGGGCUUCAGUUUGGAGUCUUGUCGCAGCCUGAUCGCCAUGAUGGACGUGAGUUCUCUCGCCUUGUCUUCCUGUCGCCUGUCAGUAUUUUCUCUCAAACAGAGCCAUGGUCUAUCAAAUGGGCGUAUCGUUUUUUGUGAUUUCAUGAAGUGACUAAAUUGGAGAAGUAAAUAUCCACUGUAAAAAUGAACCAUGUCAUUGAAAAGCCAUUUCAAACUUCCCGUUUCCCAGUACGCAGUUCCAAUAAUAUCGAUUGUAGUAAGGUUCUAAACUGGUAUCGUAGAUUUUCUGCCGCAAAUUGCUUUAGAGCUAUGUUUUUUGGGAUCAACAAUGCAUGCACUCCUCUUUUUGAUAUCUUAGACCAUGCUGAUUGCAAUUUUCUCUCAAUUUAAUGUUAAUUCGGAAGAACCCGAUUAUGUACACUAGUGUGUAUGUCAGCCCUGAUCUUCUUUUGCAAAACACCUAUUUCCUGUUGGCGGAUGGUUUUCUCCAAAAAGACUUGCCGUGCGUUGCUUUCAUUGUGAGUGGUCUGCCUCCGGUGCAUGAACGCUUAAGAACCUCGUGUGCAUCUCAUCUGAUCACUGCUCAACAGUCCUUCGAGAAUGAGGCUUAGCACACGAGUUCUGUCUUAAAAGUGCUCAUCCAGAUGCACACUGACAAACAAAAAUUGAUGCUUGACACGUGGCCCGAUGCACUUAAAGGUUUUCUUCUCCCCUCAUGACCUUCGUUUCGAUUUCUUGGCUGAAUUAUUUUGGAUUAUUGGUGAGAAUCCCAGUAAGUCUUUCAUUGCGCUAUAUGGGCUUUUGCGAGGACGUCCAUCCUAUUUAUUUUUGACUCUUAUUAACCCUCAUACUCGUUAGGUUGACCGUUCAGGAACUCUCGACUUUGAGGAAUUUAAGACCUUGUGGGAGAUUCUACGUCAUUGGAAGGUAAUGUGUCGAUGCGUGUACAUUUUACAUACUAUUAUUACUCCUUCCGCCGUUGUUCACUUUAUUUUCUCCCAUAAACCGCCUCUUUAGCACUGUUCAAAAAUUCGUAUUCAAUUCUCAAGUAAUGAGUUAGCGUUCUUGAUGGAGAGCAUUUUUGAAAUUCAUGUUUCCCCUAAAAGCUGGAUAACCAUGAGCACAAACUCCAUUCGACCUUGUUUCGGAUAAUGGUUGACAAGCAUCGCUUUUUGAAACCAGGGCGCGAAGUGAACGUGUUGUGUCCUCUCGUGUUACAUGGUCUUGCUGUAUUUAUUUCACCGGCAACGAACUACGUAGGACUUUCCCUGGAUCGACGCGAGCUAAAUCAGGGUACGGCAUGAGCUACAAGGCUGGGCAGCCAUAACAAGUGUACAAGGGGGUGUGGCGGCGCACCUAUGUGCCGGCCAAUGCCGCGCCAACCCUCUGUCCUCGAUUUCCGUCCCCCAGUCUUCAUGACUGCCUUGACACCGGGCUCAGGUUGGCAAAGGGAGAGUGGGAUAGAUGCAGCGCAAGUCCACUAUCACCAGGCCAAUUCACGCGCAAGUCACCGUCCCUGCGCCCACCCUGCUGUGGAGCGCACGGUGGGCAUCGUCGGAAACGACGGUCGAACUGUCGUCUCAACAAUAUUUGUUUAUCAGCGCAAUUAUUUUUACGCCUGUAGGUUCGAUUUUGUUAUCUGUCUUGUCAUCUGCACUCGUGCCGUAACCCUUUUGUGACACUGUUGAGGGCCUGAAAUUCUGACGCAUUUUGAACUGCCUGGACGGUAUCUUGGCGGUCGCUUGGAUUUAUUUGUUAGUGUCUUUAUCUACUUCGAACUUUUGUCACCCCCUAGCUGUUGGAACACUAUGACUUUGGAAAGAGGGAUUGAGGUCAGUGCUGCAGAAACCUUCCUCACUGCAAUCCUGUUUUCCUUCAAAUCACCCAUAACUCCCAGGUGAUGGUAAUCCCCGUCGAGUUUAAUAAACAUGGUGUCGUAGCAACCUAGAAUUCGGAGUUAUACCUUGGACUUCAUUUGUUGACCUUGUGAAUUUCCAGCUAGGGCUUCGUGUGCUCAUCGACUUCUGCCUCUGGGUGGCCGGUUUUUAUUUGAGCGAACCCGUUGCAUACAGUACUACUACUACUACUACUACUACUACUACUACUACUACUACUACUACUACUACUACUACUACUACUACUACUACUACUACUACUACUACUACUACUACUACUACUACUACUACUACUACUACUACUACUACUACUACUACUACUACUACUACUACUACUUCCUUUGCUGCCCCUACGCCAAUAAUUCUGCUCGUAGCACUAAAACCUGCCAGUACCACUCUUUCUACCACUACUAUUCACAUGAGCGUCGCCACCACUACUCCAGCCCCUGACACGCCACCAUUGAUCUGCUAUCAUUAUAAAUUAGGACCAUCCUUUUUUGGAUAUGUUUAUCGCAUAUGCAGUUCAAGUUAAGUCACCGCCUGGAGGCUGCCGCAAGCAUCUUUGUGACGUUUUAUUGUCCCUUAUAGGCUACUUUUAAGAAGUUCGACGCGGACAAGAAUGGAACUAUGAGCUCUUUCGAGCUGCGAAACGCUCUCAAAUUUGUGGGUAAGUUGGUUAUGUGGUCCAAAUGUUGUAGGUGAUUUCUUGCGCCUGACGUAUUUCCCCAACAGACAAUACGUACGGUUGUAGUUCAGAUUUCGACACACCAUUUGGAGAGAGUGUCGGUUGCGCGAGUGAUCAGACAACAACCGACCUCAUUUGUUAAGAGGAGUAAUGUUAUCACCUUUGUUACUCAGUAAAAUACUCUAAAAUUUUUGAAGUUUGUGACAGAAGUUUUGAGUUAGGCCACCUGUUUACAAGUUCUUGCAAUUUUCCUUUGCACAUGUCUUGAGUAUAUUCCCCCAAGAAUGAAGUUAAGCUCAUGAUUCCGAAUGCACGUAUCUGAUAACGCACUCGUCUUUAAUUUCAAAGAUAAAACUCGACUGACGAACAAAGAAGGAUGCAAAGGUCAUGCAUAUCAGAUAAAAUGCACCUUGAUGCAUUAAACUUCAUUACAUGAUAUUGCCGUCGUCCGAUGCUGUCAGUUUAUCAAUCCUCCGUACCAUACUGUAGACUGCGUGGUUGGUAAAUGUGAUGGGUAUUUCAUCCCGAGUUUGAACUGAGGCAUCUUUCAAACUUAUUAAGUUGGCCGGUAACUAAUUGUUUCCGAAUUUGUACUGUCGGGUUUAGGUCAAGUGACCGCUCAGACCUCAUUCGGGUUCGUGCCCCAUUGCUGUUUUUAAAGGCGACAAUAAUUUCCUUCCGAUAAGGGGCUUCGUACUCACUCUGCCUCGCGAUAUUAUCCAAUCCUCUUGUAGUCAGUAGUAGGUGUUCCCAAAGUUCUCCUUAUCAUCAAACUUUAAAGGUGUAAUCACAUGCUCGCUCCAAUUGUUUGUCCAUGGUGGCUUUUUUGCUGUCUCCUCCCGAAAGUUCGAUUUUACCCUCUGGAUAUCCCACCUGGACUGCGACUUGUCAGUCCAGACUGCUCAAUUUCAUAGAUUCUGUUAAGUGCCUUUGUUCAUUUCUACAGACGGACCCUUUUGGGUGUUCUAUCCGUAAUCCAUGCGCAAUGUCGCAUUGUCCAUUCAAGUCCUGUCAUUCUGUGGGCGUAAUUUACCAAGAUACAUGCCUUUGACGUCUGUUUCUGAGAUCGCCUUCAUUCAACUUCCCUCAAAUUUUGGACAAAAAUGCUGAAACCCGACACUGUUUGUGACAUCUAGAUGGACAUAAAUGGACUGGCUCUUAUGGCUCUUAGCAGCAUGUUGUUAUUGUGGUAUACAUACUGCCGAUUUUUUUCCGAUUUGUAAUUGUGUCGUCAACAGCUACUACAGCCAAAAACCGUUGCCUGCAACACAUACAUGAAAGACAACACGUUUGGCGACGUACAUAGUCGAUUUCUUAAAUAUGGAUAAGAAUAUUUCUCUAAACUCUGACCCCUUUUAGAAACGAGCUGUAGUCAUCAUUUUUACGCAAUCUAACAACUGCCGUGUACAUCGCCACACCGGAAAUGAUCAAGAGCAUGACAUUUCAUGAGUGGUCCACGCAGAUUUCCCAUCGCACGCUACAUGGAAGGAAAAUAGCGCAGCUAACGGUCCUCGCGUUGGAAGUAUGCCUGCAUAAACGGUGACCAGCAAGCGACGCGUUAUACCGGCAUAUCGCAACCAGUACGGCCGGAGAUUUCAGGCGGACUAUGAUACGAGGCAGGUUAUGAUUGAUAACCAUUGAGCACCCAUGUAAUUGAAGUCGCCUGCGGCCUACAUCCUGCAAGUCAAAGUGACUUAGUAGUUAGUAUUUUUGACAGACGGGAAGACUGACAAGAUAGAGGUCUGUUGUAGGGGGACACGUAACGCUAAUUAACGAGCUGUAUAUAUGCUUUUCUCCCUCCGGCUAACUGGCCGAAAUGUUCAGCAGUUCUGCCUACGCAAGCGACAGGUUCCACCGCUUUAUUCACCUGCCUCUAUUUAGUGAUUAUCUCUGCAUUCUUCAUUUUUGACCGUAGAGUGGAGGAAGGUUUUUUAGAGAAUCGAUAAGGACGAAGAGACAUUCAGAAGCGCAAACCAGGGAGCGAACGCGAUUCGGCUGCACCGUUCAAUUUUUCAAAGCACAAAUACCACGGCAACGUCAGAUAUGGUUUCCUUUCAUAUGCAUACGCCGGUUCGACCCCAUACUGCUUCACUUUGUUUGAUUGCGCUUGAAAACGAGGCGGUGAUUGCAAGUUGGUCGGAGCAUCGUUCUACAAAACCUAUUUCAUGCAUCUCGAAAGCUAUCGAAAUGGAUAAAUAGAUUUCCUUGAUUAUGGAAAGGGCUCAGAUGUAAAUUGCUGAAAAAAAGGUUUGUGGUGCACGUUUCCACUCGGUAAGCGCAUGCGAAAUUUGAGCCUCGCGCGAUUUCUUGUGAGGUUCUCGUAUCAAGACUUCGCUCAAACAACCUCUGAAGACGGUAGGUGAUGUCACCAGAGCUGUUAGUUGCCAUAAGCCAAGUCCGCCAAGCCCCGAAUUUCUUGCCAACUCAUGUGAGACGAUGGAUUUAGAUCACAAGUACUGGCUUUGUCGUGAAGAUGUUCGAGGGCUUUCGGAAGGCAAGGCGUCCGCACGUGUUAUCUCUCCGUAAACUGAGUUUUUACCCUUCUCCGAUUUUGAGAAAGUUAAUUUUCCAAUUGCUCCAGUGGGGUGGUUUGUAGUGACUCAUCAAUGGCACUUUCGACAAACUGAGCACCUCUUACGUCGAUCGGCAAAGCGCUGGGAUAAACUAGUCCGGAUCAGGGUGGGGUGAACGCAUCCGGGGGAAAGUUGCAACGUGGGAUUCCGAAGACAAAUAUUUCGAGGAUUCAUUGCAUUUCCGGUUUCGAUGCCUCACCACAAGGGGAUCCAUAACGCAGGAAUGUGGGAUGUCUCAAAAUUGUCCGCCUGAUCUCCCCACGCUUUAGUUCAUUUGUAGGCUGUGAAAACGCAUAUCUGACAUUAGUGAGAGGAAAAAUCCAUACAUCUUAAUCACGGUCUGGUGCAUAAAACGUCGUUUUCUAAACGGCAGCUGUCCGUAUUUUGUAUAUUAAUUUAUCCCGAACGAGAAAAUAAUCGCCUCUUUGCUUCUAUUAGUAAAUAAUCAACUAUUUGCUGUCUUUAGUAUCUUCGUACUUCCGAAAAUCUGAUUGUUGAUUUUGCAAGAAGCAAAUCUAAAAAAGGAAAGGCUGAAGAAGAUGCGUGUGCACUUUUGAAUAACCAAACCAUGUCCUCCUCAACUUACACCCAACUACCGGCCGAGCCAUCGCAUUAGUCAAAUAACGCCUUUCUGCUCUACUUUUGUUAAUACUAUAAUUGAUUUCCUUAUUUUUGUCGUCGGUUGCGGCAUGUCAGUCUAUGUGCUGCUAGCCAAUAAGCAUCGCGAAACACUUCAUUAGAGCAUCGAUCCGUGCCAGACGGUAGUCACCGCGCGAAUUUUUCCUCCCUCGUCUUUUUCGCCUGAAUGCAGCCACUAGAGACUUGUUUUGGGCAAAACGGACUCAUUUCCCCCAUUUAUCCAGCCCAGGGCAGCCAAAAUGUGUCUGUUUCUCCUAAGUUCUCUAUUCGUCUUUAUAGACCGAGCUUUCUGGUAGUUCUCCCCACAAUCCAAGGGUCACAGUUUUAGGUUCCACUAGAAUCGAUAACCCGUCAUUGCUUUCUUUUUUGGACAUCAUUCUACGCGUUUAUGAAGCCUAUUGUCCUUGAAUUUUUGAAUGUCUUCUCAUCCGGCCUUUGCAGCAUAAAUUAUCUGUUUGUUUUUUGCUAAGGAUUUUUUCGUUUUCUACCGCCUACUGCUAAAAAGUAUUCCCUCUACCAUGCCAGGUUACAACAUUAACAACGCCACUUUCGGAAGCUUGGUUUUGCGUUUCGCAAACAGGGAACAGAUUCUUCACUUUGAUGAUUACAUAAUCUGCUGUGCUCGUUUGCGAACUGCCUUCGAGUGUCUCAAAGCCAAAGAAGCCAACACCUUUACUUCCGACGAGGUGCGUUGAAUUGUCCACUUUGUUGCUGGAGACUGAACAGUAGUUCAGUGUGUGCUCCACGUCACUUCUCGGAUCCCAGUUGGUGCGGCGGGAGCCUGCAACUGGGCUUGCCACCGCACCGCCGUGUGUUGGCUCUCGUUAUGGAUGCCAGCAUUCCCGAUAACGCCUGCCAGAAUCCGAUCUAGCCCCCGGUCUGGUCCAGCGCGCAUCUGCCGCUUGGCUUGUUUAAAGGGCACAAUAUACACACACGACUUAUGUGAUGGCAAAUGUGACAUACAAUUUUAUGUUUUUUUAAAGAAUGUAAGACUACCGUCCCGCGUCACCCUAAUCCACCUUUCCAUACUGCGAUCUUUCUAGAGUGUAAUACAUCGCCGUCAGAAUAUUGUCUUUUGAGAAACAGAAAGUAAUAGUAAAAAGAAGCAUGCCCAGCCGUUCGGACAAGAAAUUUGCUUCACCUUAUGUCUUGGAUUCACGCUCGAGACCAGCAGCAGAGACUGUGACAAAUGAUGAUGCCGGACGCACGAAUGUCGCAAUAUUUAUAGGAUGCAGUUGCCAUGCCACCAUAUAACUGACAGAAUUGACACCACCCACAUUAGUUCUCGGCGGUUGUACUCGGUGCAGCGAUUGCUUUAUCGUCCACAUUGCUGCAAAUUCAUCACUCGUAUUUUCGGGGUACUCGUUUGCCCUUAGCGCCCAUCUUAAGUUAUUGCAAUUGGGCAAUCUUGCCUUUCGAUUCAUCGCAGUACGUCUGAACACGUCCUUACGCAACCGCGUUUAUGACUGAUAGGAUGGUUACUGUUCGGGCCGAGCGCCUGCGCCCCUUUUUCCGCUUUCCUGAAUACUUUAUCCUUAACGUCCUUACAAACUUUGCGGCAGACAGGGGCAACAAGGUUAGCCGGUCGUUUUCCCGCGCACGCGGAGAACGCGCGAGCCAACGCUUCUCUUCCAGUGACAGUGUCAGCGAGGCAAAUUGUCGAGUUAUUAUCACGCCAGUUGUCAACAGAGUUUAAUGACUUGAAUACAGACGAUCGAGCAGUCAUCACACCACCGGGAAUAAAUGGAAGAACUGCCAAUCUUUCUAGCUAAUAUGGUGGCAUAACAACUGUAUCCUGUAAAGAUUGCAAUCUUUGUGCGCCCACUGCCAUUAUUUGUCGUUGUCUCUGCUGAUGCUUUGGAGCGUGGACCCGAAACGUGAGACUGGCAAGAGUUAGUACUCAAGCGGCCGAGUAUUCCUUCCCAGUUGCCUCCCGGACCUCAGCUUUUCUUAUAUCAGUAAUUAUUGUGAUUCUGGCUUUUUCAACGUGUCUUCGGUAGACUCCAGUGAUAUUAUCACUCACCGUAUACUUGUUAUUCCCGGUUUGAUUUUCGUUGUGAAAUACAAAAACACCGAUGGCUAUGGGGGUACGCUUCAAAAAAAGGACGCAGGCGAUUUUUUCAUGCCAACUGUCACUCAUCAGUACACUUGUCGACGUGGGACGCCGACGCCAGAGUUCCCAAACCGCAAACCAAGAUGCUUAUUUCGACCACCUUUACUGGUGCGCCGGCAACAUGUUGGCGUACGGCUGCAUGCUCCCGCUUCCGCCUCAUCUAGAUCCUAGACUUCGCAGUCCAUAGGGAACGUAUGAUACCGCAUAGCAUUUAUCCUGGUUUAUUACACGUCGCUUACUUGUGCACUAGGAAAGACCCAUUAGGUUCCUUUUACUGCCCUCCCUACUUAGGAAGGGUAUCUCCAUGAGUAUUAUUCAAAAAAAUUGAGGAAAUAUGGAAUCGUUUUCUGCGUGAAACCUUUUCGCUCAGUAAUGCUAGGAAAAAGAUUUAAUUCGGCGCAUUUAUUGUGGUUUUCAAUCCCAAAUCCGCGCUUUCGAUGUCUUGCGACGGUUAGUCCUUGUUGACUUUUGCAUUGCGGAUCUAGACACUUUUCGCCUUUCGUGGUCGCGCUGAGCCGCAUUUCGAAACUGACACAACUGCUGUUGAAAUUUCAUGCUCCGGAUUCUCUGCAUUCAAUCUCCUUUCCUUUUCUCUUCUGGUAGCUUCUGAACAUGUUAAUCUAUCUGUGA